AUGGCUUUCCAUACCGUUGAUCGGACGCGAUUGGCGUCACAGGUCCCCGGCCUAUUCUCUAUGUAUUUCAUCAUAUUUAUUCUUGCUAACGCAGGUUUGUCGGCUGCUGCGAUUGGCGUGGAUGAGAGAGGCGCUGAGGCCGUUGAUCUGCAGCAGGCCGGCAAACGUAAUACACCGCCACCACCACCACCACCACCACCACCAAGAUCACCACCACCACCACCACCAAGAUCACAACCACCACCACCACCAAGAUCACAACCACCACCACCACCAAGAUCACAACCACCACCACCGCCACCACCAAGCAACAAGCCACCUUCCCCGCCACCGCCCGUGCCCACUCGCCGCCCACCUCCACCCCCUAACAACCCGCCACCGGAAUCGCCGGUGACCUUAUCAGCGGUGCUGCGCCGCCGUCGCCCCAUCCCGCCGCCACCCCGCCCCGACCGGCCUCCCCGCCCUACCCGGCCACGCCGCCCAAGCCACCCUGUAUCGCCACCCGACAUGGCGCCGCCGCCGGAUGAGUAUCAGCAGCCACCGGACAGGUUCCCUAGUUCCCCACCACCCUGGAGCCAACCACCAACUGACUACGUGGCAAUUGAUUUUGCUAAAUUCGCCUAG